UGAAAAAAUUCAAUUAAAUACUAAUGAACUGAUAAUACAGUAUAGUUUUGCUUUUCCUAGAAAAAGUUAAUGGAAAAACUAAAACGCGUACUUAAAUCGUUUCAAAAACUGACCGUGUACACCGCGCACUAUAUCUUUCAGGGAAAAACUGUUCACGUAAUAAUCUACUGUUACAAAAUAAGCGAAGCAAUUCUUCUUUUCGAAAUAAGAAAAACCUCGUAUUUGGCAAUACCGGCGAAUAAAAGAAAUGAUCAUAAUUUGCAAUUUUAAUAUGCAUUUAAGCUUAAACUUUUUGAUAAAAGAAAAUUUAUUGUUCGCAGAAAUUUCAAUAGAUAACAGCGAAUAUAUUAAGCAUUUGCGUUCGCAUUCAUAUCGUAAAAGCAAAUACAUUAAAAACACGUCAUUCUCACUGACCCUAAUUCUAACUGUACACAAAUAGGCUAAACUUAGUUUAAAUUGUAGGCAACAUUGUUUAUAGCGGUAAAAAAUCAACAAUUGUAGAAAUAGAGUGGUUUGCUUUGUUUUAAAUUAAUUGUCGUCCAUUUUUAAGGCGCGUAAUAUUAUGCCAUCAAAACUGUUAAACCAUUUACGGGUUGUAGUGCAAGUUAAUGCACCUGAAGAGGACGAUUAUAAUAAUAAUAAUAAUGUUGCCGGUAGCGUUAAAACUUGUAGUGAGAGGAAAUACUCUGGAGGGGAGAUAACAUCUUCCACUUCUCCGCCUAUACCGACUUCAGGUGGUCAUAUGCAAGCUAAUGUUUUGGUAAUCAACGAAACAACGCUUCAGCUGAAUGUGCGGGAAACAGAAGCUGGGCCUCAGACCAAUAUUUCGCACAAAAUGUCUUUCGAUCAGGUUAGCUUUACGUCGGUCGAUGUUGUUAGAGAAGAACUUCAUCAUGUCAUCGGUGAGUUGAUACUCGAACGUCAGAAUAUUUGCAUUAUGCGUUUUGCGGUUAAGCAUGAAAUUGAAGUCGCAAUUUUCUUCGAUACGCUUAUAAUGUUCGUUGAAAAACGUUUGCAGCAGGAGAAGUACAAAUUACAAUAUUGCAAACUAGAAGGCAACGAUAUUAGUACCAUACUGCCCGGAAAAAGUGCUAUGCCCUCUGAACAAGGUUUCUCAAUAAGAGGCACCAACUUAAUAGGUCCGAUGGAUACUUAUGUUGGUGGUUCCAAAUGUUUGCGUAAUACCAAGAAUCAGUUCCGCAAUACACAUGAAUUGUUACUAUGGUUGUUAAAUGAGUACCGUUCGAAAUUAAACGAAAUAACGGGUCAUGAAAAAUUAGUUUUUAAUUUUUCAAUCACAAAUGGUAAACACCAGACGUUUCAAGUAAAAUUAUAUCUAUUCAAUAUUUACUUAAACAUGAUGAGCACUGAAGAUCGCGAUCAUUGGCAUAAGUAUAUGCAACAUGUAGGCGAAGGUUGUCAAGGCGGUGAUUGCGAUUUUAUGCAUAACGGAUUAACCUUAAGCAUUUCGCCUCAUAUCGAUGCUGAGGCGAGCAAAAAUAGCCUUCUCUUGUUUGAUGUGCCUACCGAUUUGAAAAUGGCACACGAAACUGUCGAUAUGUUACAGUUAGCUUAUGCAGUGGUAAGGAGUCGUAAGAAAGCUCAAACAGAGAUGAGAAGGAAGUCUUCUGUGGGAUCUUCUGGUAAUUCAAGCCCUUCAGUUGCAAACUAUAAGGCCGAUAAUGAAGAUUUUUGGAUUAAAGCGCGACUUCCCAAUAAACGUGUACGGCCAUCGAUUGCUUUUACUAUACCCAUUGAAGAAGAUGAUAAUGAUGACGAAGCAAUUCAGUCAAGUCAAAGUCAAGAUCUUUUUGUCACAUCGUCCCCAAAGGAAGUAAGUGAUGAUUCGUAUUCUGAAAGCGAUUUCAGUAGCCUAAGUGAGUGGUAUCGAAAAAUUGAUGGGCAUUUCAAUGAAACAUGUAAGCUUCAAAAUGAAUAUUAUUUGAGUUAUUUCAUAAAAAUUAGUUUCGUUUGCUCAAAAAUUCUUCUGACUACUGCGAAAUAUGUUGAAAUGCUCGAAAGCGUGAACGAAAAUGUAUGGAAUAAUAUACCAUUUAAAGAUCAAUCUCAGAUAAUGAAAUAUGAUAACUAUCAAGAAGCAAAAGCGAAAUUUGAGCAAUUAACAGAUGAUAUAGAAAAUACUUUAUAUAAAGAUACUUUAAAUACAUACUUAAAAACGAAGACUUAUGAAUUAAAUAUUCAAGGUAAAGAUUUAAAAGUUAAAUAUUUGGAAAAUCUUCGUCAAAAAUUUAAUCAAGCCUAUGAGGAGGCAAUAACGAUUUUCAAUAAUGAUAAUUAAAUGAAUUAAGUUUCUUGUUUUAUAAUCACGAACAAUAUAGAAAAUAGAAUAUAGAAAAUGGCUAAUAUAAGGAUAUUUUGAAAGGGCAAACCUGUAUAUUACUGUUUAGAAAAUCAUGUUCAGAAAUUGAAUCGAUUUUAUGAUGGACCAAUGAUGAUUUUGAAUUGUAUUACAUGCGUUCGAUUUUGUUUCUUUUUUUUUCA